AUUGGGCUAAAGGGCAUUAUACUGAAGGUGCAGAACUGAUUGAUUCUGUUCUUGAUGUUGUUCGUAAAGAAGCAGAGAAUUGUGAUUGUUUGCAAGGAUUUCAGGUUUGUCAUUCUUUAGGAGGAGGAACUGGGUCUGGUAUGGGCACUCUUUUGAUUUCUAAAAUCAGAGAGGAAUACCCAGAUCGAAUGAUGCUUACUUUCUCUGUCUUUCCAUCUCCUAAGGUGUCUGAUACAGUUGUUGAGCCUUACAAUGCUACUCUCUCUGUUCAUCAACUUGUAGAAAAUGCAGAUGAAUGUAUGGUCCUUGAUAACGAAGCUCUUUAUGAUAUCUGCUUCCGUACUCUUAAACUCACCACUCCAAGCUUUGGUGAUUUAAAUCAUUUGAUUUCUGCUACCAUGUCUGGAGUUACAUGCUGCUUGAGAUUCCCAGGUCAGCUUAACUCUGACCUAAGGAAGCUUGCCGUGAACCUCAUCCCCUUCCCCCGGCUACAUUUCUUCAUGGUGGGUUUUGCUCCUCUUACCUCCCGUGGCUCCCAGCAAUAUAGUGCCUUGACUGUGCCAGAGCUAACCCAGCAAAUGUGGGAUUCAAAAAACAUGAUGUGUGCAGCAGAUCCGCGCCAUGGCCGUUACUUAACUGCCUCGGCCAUGUUCAGGGGGAAAAUGAGCACUAAAGAAGUUGAUGAGCAAAUGAUCAAUGUUCAAAACAAGAAUUCUUCCUACUUUGUAGAAUGGAUUCCAAAUAAUGUAAAAUCAACUGUUUGUGAUAUCCCUCCAACAGGCUUGAAAAUGGCAUCCACAUUCAUUGGGAACUCAACAUCAAUUCAGGAAAUGUUUCGCCGUGUGAGCGAGCAGUUCACAGCCAUGUUCAGGAGAAAGGCUUUCUUACAUUGGUACACUGGAGAAGGUAUGGAUGAGAUGGAGUUCACGGAGGCAGAGAGCAAUAUGAAUGAUUUGGUUUCCGAGUAUCAGCAGUACCAAGAUGCCACAGCAGAAGAAGACUAUGAAGAGGAAGAAGAGGAAAUUCAUGAUAUGUAAUAUUGACAGGAAGAAGACUAUUGCACAUGUAAAGUGCUUGCCACCCUCUGGCAAUAGAAUGGGUUGAUGCUGGACAGGACAGAUUCGUUCAGGCCUUCUCAUUCAUUGGAGACUGGUUGUUUUGGGUUUUCAUGUAUUUGAACUUCUGGGUAUAAAGGGAACAUGGAUUAUUAAACAGGGCCUUAUCAUGUUUGGAUAUACAGCUUUUUUAAAUAUAUAAUACAAAUUGAGCUUUCUUUUAUUUC